UAUAGAAACUUCAAAAAAUAUUUCAAAAAUGGUGCAAUUAAUUGAAUUCGGCGGCGUUCGUGGACCUCUUACUUUAAGUGAACAAGCAGAAAAUAUUGAAAUCAAAGUUAAAAACAACAAUUUAAAAUCUACAAAAUACCAAAUUUCCAAUAAAAACAAUCCAGAAAAGAAGUUUUCUGUUUUUAUUGACGAGGUCUAUCGUUUUGAUGAAAACAUAGCAAUUUAUAAUGUUAAAAUUGAAAGAAAUAUGUAA